GAUUCAGUUUGUUGGUUAUGCACAAAUUUUCGAAUAUUUGUUGAUAUACAAUUUUUAAAUAUUCUAAUACAGAUAUGGCUGCAUUCAGAAGCAAAAUUUGAAAUUGAAUGAAGAUAUUUAGCAGAUUUUAAAAAUGACUUCUAUCAUAAAAGUUCAGGCUCUCUCCGGGGUCAUGGAUGAAUCGCCCCCUUGUUAUAUUUUACAAGUGGACGAUGUGAGAAUUUUGUUGGAUUGUGGAUGGAAUGAAAAAUUCAAUCCUGAUUUCAUAAAGGAGUUGAAAAGGGUUGUGCAUACUAUCGAUGCAGUGUUAAUAUCAUAUCCAGACAUAUCACACUUGGGAGCACUUCCUUAUGCAAUAGGAAAAUUAGGACUUAAUUGUCCUAUUUAUGCAACAAUACCUGUGUAUAAAAUGGGACAAAUGUUUCUAUACGACUUAUACCAGUCCCAUUUUAAUAUGGAAGAUUUUGAUAUUUUUUCUCUGGAUGAUGUUGAUGCAACAUUUGAGAAAAUGAUACAGCUAAAAUACAAUCAGAGUGUACCUUUGAAAGGUAAGGGGUAUGGCUUGACAAUAACUCCUCUGCCUGCUGGUCAUAUGAUAGGAGGCACAAUUUGGAAAAUCAUGAAAUCUGGGGAGGAAGAUAUUAUUUAUGCAAAUGACUUCAACCACAAAAAGGAAAGACAUCUGAAUGGAUGUGAAUUAGAGAAAUUACAAAGACCAUCCCUUCUUCUAAUUGAUGCGUUCAAUGCAAAUUACCAACAAGCUCGUAGGAGAGCAAGAGACGAAAAACUUAUGACUAAUAUUUUGCAAACAUUAAGGAACAAUGGAAAUGUACUGAUAGCUGUGGAUACAGCUGGUCGUGUCUUGGAAUUAGCUCAUAUGUUAGACCAGUUGUGGAGGAAUAAGGAGUCUGGACUUUUAGCAUAUUCAUUAGCAUUGCUAAAUAACGUUAGUUAUAACGUAGUUGAGUUUGCAAAAUCUCAGAUUGAGUGGAUGAGUGACAAAUUGAUGAGGAGUUUUGAAGGAGCCCGAAAUAAUCCCUUCCAAUUCAAGCACCUGCAACUUUGUCACACUCUCCAGGAGCUCUCAAGAGUGCCUAAUCCUAAAGUGGUACUGGCCAGUUCUCCAGACAUGGAGAGUGGUUAUUCCCGAGAACUUUUUCUACAAUGGUGUUCAAAUCCUAAUAAUAGUGUUAUUAUAACCACAAGAACUUCACCAGGUACCUUAGCUAGAGAUCUCAUCGAUAAUGGUGGUAACGGUAGAACUAUAGAUUUAGAAAUAAAAAGACGAGUCAGAUUAGAAGGCACAGAAUUAGAAGAAUACCUCAAAACACAAAAAAUAAAUGGAAAAGAUAACGUUAAACAAGAUUCCGAGUCUGACUCAGACGAUGAUAUUGAAAUGAGCGUAAUUACGAAAGGUCGACAUGAUAUAGUUAUCAAACAGGAGGGACAUGUUUCAGGGGGUUUCUUUAAAGUGACUAAAAAACAGUAUCCGAUGUAUCCCUUCCAAGAAGAAAAAAUAAAAUGUGAUGAUUAUGGUGAAAUAAUUAAACCAGAGGAUUAUAUGCUUGCAGAUAUUAAUCCUGAAGGAGAAGACAAUAAGGAGAACAUAGUCAUUAAGAAGGAAGAAGAUGUUAUAAUCGAAACCCCAGAAUUCCCCACCAAAUGCAUUAACUUAAGCAGAACUGUUCAAGUAAAUUGCCAAGUGCAAUAUAUUGAUUUCGAAGGGAGAUCAGAUGGCGAAUCCUUAAUGAAGAUUAUGUCUCAGCUAAAACCAAGAAGAGUUAUCGUUAUAAGAGGGGAUGAAGAAAGCACACUCAGCAUGAAAAAUCAUUGUGAGACUCUAGAAUCCAGGGUUUUCACCCCUGCUAAAGGAGAAAUUGUCGAUUGUACAACUGAAACACAUAUAUAUCAGGUACGUUUAACAGACGCUCUGGUAUCUCAACUGAACUUCCAAAAAGCUUCUAAAGAAACUGAAGUUGCUUGGAUUGAUGCACAAAUUGUAAAAAGAGAAAGUCAGUCUGAUGCAAAACGUAUGACGCUUGACAACGAACCAAUGGAAGUGGACGAGGAGGAAUCACAAAUACUUACUCUGGAACCAAUUUCCUCAAAGGAUUACCACGAUACUGUUUUCAUCAAUGAGUUGAAACUUUCAGAAUUCAAACAGGUACUGUCCAAGUGCAGUAUAACCUCGGAAUUUUCUGGAGGUGUGUUAUGGUGUUGCAAUGGUACUAUAGCUGUCAGAAGAGUGGAAUCUGGCAGAGUGAUUUUGGAAGGAUGUAUAUCUGAAGAUUACUACAAAGUGAGAGAGAUACUUUAUGAGCAAUUCGCUAUUUUGUAAAAAAAUAAAUAUAAGAAUCUUCAAAAUAUUCCAUUCAUUAUAUAAUUUUAAUUAUU